ACAGUUUCGAGGCUACCACCCCCAAAAAGGAACGCCGCCGUGAUUUCAAGCCACAAACUGCACAAGCUAACGGCAGAAAGCCUAAUACUGAUAAUAAUAACAUUCAAAAGAUUACUGUCAACGAUUUAGGUGGCUGUUGCCAAGACAAUUAUUACGUCUUGGCAUUCAAAGCUUUGUCAACAAGCCUUUUGCCAUUCAAUGUGGACAUCUCAGCUUCAUCGCCCAGGAGUUUAAUUGUAUUUAUCAUUCCACAAGGCCCUCCUCAGUGGAGUUACGGACUGCGUCAUGCCGGACCGAACCCCUUGCUGCUCUAUCGCAAUAUCAACCUUAAUCAUGGAAAUACAUCAGUAGUCUCAACUCUUCUUCUCCAAAUACUUUCCGCCUCUAUGACACAUUAA